AUGCUAUUCAAGCGGUUCAAGCAACGAUUCAGAAGACCAAAAAGCGGAGGUACGCGAACGGAACUUCAUGCAGCCGACGAUCCCCUUCAUGGCUCGCCAUCUCCGGUAGAAGCCCACGACCCGCCUCCCGAGCCUGUUGCGUCUUUUGCUAUCGAUCCUACAUCCUACCCACUGUCACUCUGGGACCGUGCCUACGAUUUCCUUCGAAAACAAGACCCAGACCUAGUAAAAGAGUACGAGCAGCUACUUUUGCGUGAGCUACCCGUGACAGCUGCCACCCCAACCGCAUCCGAUAAUGGCCUCGCCAACACGACGGGCAAGAUCUCAAUCGCGAAAGUCGCCGACUUUGCUCUCUGGACGAAGGGCUUUGUCGCCACGGCCGUCAGUGCGUCCCCCGAGGCGUCCCUCGCCUGGGCCGGCGUCUGCAUCAUUCUCCCCAUCCUCACGAACUCGAGGGCGGCAGAACAGACUAACAGCGAUGGCUUCGCAUACGUCACCUCUCGCCUGCGCUACUACAAGGAGUUCGAGGAUCACAUUGUCGACCUCUACCAGCACAUUCUCGACUUCCAGCUCAAGAGCGUCCUCCGUUUCUACCGGGGCUGGUCAGGGAAACUCUUGCGCGAUGUCUCCAAGAGCGACGACUGGAAAGAGAAGCUGUCCCGGAUUAAGAACCUCGAGGACAUCGUGAACGACGAAUCCCAGGCUAUCAAUACUCUAGCCUCAAGGCAAGCCCUGGAGAGCGUUAGUGGCAAUACAGACGAAUUUCUCAGAAUGAUGCAGAAAUUUCUUUUUGUUGCUAAAGAGCAGGCCAGUGCCAUCAAAGACCAGACGGGCCAGCAGGAAAAUAUGCACCGAGAUGCGGAAGACAAGAAGUGCCUCGCGGACUUGUGCGUCACCAAUCCCGAAUUCGACAAGAUUCGUAUCGGGGAGGCUAAAGGCAAUAUAUUGCCGGACUCGUGCUGGAUCCUCGACCACCCCGAUUUUCACCACUGGCGCCAGUGGCGUGAGGACCCAGCCUGCCCACUGCUGUGGAUCAAGGGCAAUCCCGGCAAGGGCAAGACCAUGCUGAUUUCUGGCAUUAUCGACAAAUUACACGCCACGACACAACUGGCGGACUCGGGGGCCGACGAGCUGCUCUCAUACUUCUUCUGCCAGGCCGCCAUCAAGGAAAUCAACAACGCGAACUCCGUGCUACGCGGUCUGAUCUGGCUGCUUGUCGGCCAGCAGCCGUCCCUCAUCCGACACGUGCGGAAGGAGUACGACCGCCUGCGGAAGGACGACCGCGCCGGCAGGGACUUCUUCGAGGGCACCAAUUCCUGGGCCGCACUGACUGUGAUCUUCCGAAAUAUCCUAAGUGAUGCAAGCCUGGUGCGCACCUACCUCGUCGUCGAUGCUCUCGAUGACCAGAAUGAGCCCGGGAUCGAGCAGAAGCUCGGCAAACACCCUCAGAUAAAUCUUGAGCUCAAAGAGAAUGCCAACCAGUCUCGGGACCAAUUUCGAGACAUCCUGCACCAAAAGGCGAAUGGCACAUUCCUCUGGGUCGCCCUCGUCGUUCAGGAGCUAGCAAAGUCCCAAGCUUGGGAGGUUCUAGACGUAGCUAAAGAGCUGCCUUCCGACUUGUACAAGCUCUACGAUCGCAUGAUAGACCAGAUCCAGGGGCUUCAAAGAAACUCGGAAUUUCGUUGCCUCGUACUCGCCACUGCUGUCGCUACAUAUCGCCCAAUUCACCUAGAGGAGAUUGGGGUAUUAUCCGGACUGCCAUCUAAAAUCCACAAGUCUCUAGAGCAUGUCCGUCAGGUCGUGAGACUGUGCGGGUCGGUUCUUACAAUUCAGGACAACCAUGUCUACUUUGUCCAUCAGUCGGCCAAGGACUAUUUGGUCGAAAAAGCCGAAAAAGCCGAUGCCAUGCUCUUCCCCUCUGGCAUCGCAGAUAUCCACCGCGCCAUCUUCACCCGGUCGCUGGAGCGCAUUUCGU